AUGAGGUUUGAUACACUCCUGCUUGGGGGCCUCUGCGCCGUAUCAAAUUUCCCAUACGCCUCAUCCGCACCGCGCGAUGCUCGCUCUACUCAACAUGUCCCGGAAGUCAAGAACCGCAUAUUCGUCCUCACAGACAUUGGUAAUGAACCCGACGACUCAAUGUCUCUGGUCCGGCUACUCGUACACUCCAAUCUCUACCAAAUUGAAGGCUUAGUAGCAAUAACCUCAUUCUGGCUUCCCAAUGCCACACUUCCUAACAUGAUCCACGACAUCGUAGACGCAUACGGAGCCAUCCACUCAAACCUGCAAUCACACAGCAACACAUCCUUCCCAACAGUCGACGACUUGAAAAGCAAGAUUGGCAGCGGACCCUCCGUCUACGGCAUGCAAGCCUUACAUCAACUCGAGAACGGAGCGAACAUCACAAACGGCACCCAAAUGCUCAUCAACGCCGUCGACGCUUCACCAUCCCCACUAUACGUACAGCUCUGGGGCGGAGCCAACACCCUCGCCUCCGCACUCUGGACCGUAAACCGCACUCGCUCAGCCUCAGAACUGGAAACAUUUACCUCCAAACUCCGUGCCUACGCCAUCUCAGAUCAAGACGACACAGGCCCCUGGAUCCGUCGCAAUUUCCCUAGUAUGCGGUACAUUGCCUCGCGCCAUGGAUUCAACCAAUACCCAGUCGCAGCGUGGAUCGGCAUGAGUUCCACAUCCGUAGAUCCAGGGGGUCCAGACAACGAAAUCGUGUCGCAGGCGUGGCUCACGGAGAACAUCCAAGUAGGCGAGCUAGGCAAAAAAUAUCCCGACGUCGCGUAUCUGAUGGAAGGUGACUCGCCCAGUCUGCUUUACCAUAUUCCCAACGGCCUGGGGAACCCCGAGUACCCGGAGUGGGGCAGCUGGGGUGGGAGGUACACGAGUAACCCACUCAAUGGCGAUGCUGCUGCGCAGCAGUACGGCGAUGCUGUGGAUAUGGCACAAGGUUUGAACGGCGAGAUGUUUCUUACGAACCACGCGUCGGUGUGGAGGUGGCGCGAUGCGUUUCAGCACGAGUUUGCUGCUAGAAUGCGGUGGACGCUCAGCCCUUGGAGUCCUGGUUCUAAUACCACGCAUCCGCCCGUUGUGUUGCUGAAUGGAACGUCUGGCCCGGAUGCGUUGCAUCUCAACGUUAGUGGUGGGGAAAAGGUGACGCUGGAUGCUUCGGAUUCGUACUCACCGGAUGGGGGCGCGACUCUGAAUUUCACUUGGUUCCAAUAUUCGGGUCCGUCUUCAUAUCAAUCCUCGCCGAGCGAUGUCCCUACGGUCAACUUGACGGAUGUUUCUGAGCCGGGUGCGAGCGCCGUGCGUUUCACAGUGCCCUACGGAAUGUACGAUACGUGCGUCGCCGACGAGGAUGUGACUGAGUUCGGUCAGUGGGGGGAGAAGCAGAAAUGUCCGAUUCUACAUGUCGUCGUUGCCGUAAAGGAUGCAAGCGCGGCACACCCAAUCACCAGAUACAGGCGAGUGCUAUUGCACGUGCAGCCAUAUCGUCAAGAAGAAAAACGUUGA